UUCACUUCCAAAAAAAUGAAAUGGUUUUCGGUGAAUGGCUGGCAGUCCGGACAUAAAUUUGUCUGAAAAUCUUAUCCAGUGCUUUUGCGUUGGAGGAAGAAGCGUUUUGCAGAGUUGAGGGAGCAAAAAUGUCUGUUAUGACGUCCAUGACUGCUAGGCCGCCUCGCUGGCAACACUCCAUAUCACACACCAUCAAACCCUUUCAAAAUUCUCUUCCUUCUGCUGCCGCCACCUUUAAAGUUGUCCUUCCUCUGCAAUGCAAAUGUAAAGUAUCAAACAAUGAUAGAAGAAACACAAACGCUGAACCAUCUUCUUCAAAUCCAGAAUGGUGGAAAAGAUGCCUCACAGCAGCUGUGGCAGCCGCAGUAAUUGGCACAGGGAUGAAUGCUUUGGCAGAUCUCAAUAAAUAUGAAGCUGAAACGCGUGGUGAGUUUGGCAUUGGGUCUGCAGCACAAUUUGGUUCUGCCGAUUUAAGGAAAUCAGUUCAUGCAAAUGAAAAUUUCAGGAGGGCAAACUUUACUUCAGCUGACAUGAGGGAGUGUGAUUUCAGUGGCUCCACUUUCAAUGGUGCUUAUCUCGAGAAGGCUGUUGCAUAUAAGACCAAUUUCACUGGUGCUGACUUGAGUGAUACUCUAAUGGAUCGCAUGGUACUUAAUGAAGCUAAUCUCACCAAUGCAAUUCUCGCCAGAACAGUACUUACACGUAGUGACCUUGGUGGUGCUAUUAUUGAGGGUGCUGACUUCAGUGAUGCAGUCCUUGAUCUUCCUCAGAAGCAGGCAUUGUGCAAAUAUGCAAGUGGAACUAAUCCCGUAACAGGUAUCAGCACAAGGAAGAGUUUGGGCUGUGGAAAUACUCGCCGUAAUGCAUAUGGAUCACCAUCUGCCCCUUUGUUGAGUGCUCCUCCAGAAAAAUUACUUGAUCGAGAUGGGUUUUGUGAUUCAGCUACAGGUUUGUGUGAUGCCUCGUCCAGUAAAUGAGAAGCCUUGAAAACCACCAUUGCAGCUUUAUUUGCAUGUACAUUAUAAUUAUGGUAAAAGACACAGUACUGCAUUGCAAGAUACUGUUCGAGAAACCUCAAAACACAAUCUUUUGAAAGUUACAUGUCUUAAUUUUAAGGACAAAGAAUGCUAAAUUGUACAAUUAUAUUUGUGAGCAAGUGAUUCACAUAUCAUUAGCACUACCGAGGAAUUUAAUUGUUUCCUGUUAAACAGUUGGUACAAUUGUAUGAGAGAUGAAAAGAAGUUAAAUCAAUGUCUAUGUGAUAGCUCGUUGACGGUC